AUGGCGCACCGCGAGACGGCGCCCUACGUGCCGCAGGACCACAAGGAGGUCACGCAGCUGAUCCACGCGCUCGAGGGCCACAAGGGCAGGACGUCGAAACAGAGCGGCUUUUCGGUGCGGAAACACACGUUUCCCCUGCCCAAUGGCCGCUCCGUCGACUCGUGGAAGAUGAACGACUGGGACUACAAGAAGGAGCACCUGCCCACGUAUGCACGCGGCCUCUUCACGUACAAAACACUGGACGGAAGGGAUGAGAUUGCCGUGCGCGGAUACGACAAGUUCUUCAACCACGGCGAAGUGCGCAAGACGGAGUGGAGGAAUGUCGAGCAGCAGACGCGCGGGCCCUACGAGCUCAGCGUCAAGGAGAACGGCUGCAUCAUCUUCAUCUCGGGGCUCGACGACGGCACGCUGCUGGUAUGCAGCAAGCACUCGACCGGUGCACGCGGCGACGUCGAGCUCAGCCAUGCCUGCGCUGGCGAGCGGUGGGCCGAGAAGCACCUGGCGACGGUCGGCAAGACGAAGAAGGAUCUGGCACUGAAGCUGCGCGAGAUGAACGCCACGCUGGUCGCCGAGCUCUGCGAUGACGACUUUGAAGAGCAUGUCCUGGCAUAUACCCCCGAGCAGGCUGGCCUGUACGUCCACGGCAUCAACCUCAACCUCCCGCACUUUGUCACCUACCCAGGCCCGCUGGUCGACAGGUUCGCAGACGAGUGGGGCAUGAAGAAGGUCCAGUAUGUCAUGGAGGAUGACAUAGCCAAGGUUCAGAAGUUUCUGGACAAGAUCGCCGAGACGGGCAACUACAACGGGCGUGAUACCGAAGGCUUCGUCAUCCGGUGCCAGUCGCGAGACUCUGACAACGCGCCCUGGGAAGACUGGUUUUUCAAGUACAAGUUCGAGGAGCCGUAUCUGAUGUACCGCCAGUGGAGGGAGUGCACCAGAGCCAUCAUUGCUGGCAAGCCCCCGCGCUACAAGAAACACCAGGCCAUCACCAAGGAGUACCUCGAAUACGCCCGCAAGCAGUUUCUUCAGAAUCCCGGUCUGGCCAAGCGGUACAACAUGAACCACGGAAUCAUAAAAUUGCGCGACGACUUCCUGCGCGAGCGGGGCACGACGGGGGCCGAGAUUAUUCGCCAGGAGCUUCAAAAUGGGCAUGUUGAGAACCAGCAGGUCAAGAACAGUGUUGUACUCGUUCCUAUUGCUACCAUCGGAUGUGGAAAGACGACACUAGCGUUGGCUCUGGUGAAGCUUUUCGGCUGGGGCCACUUCCAGAACGACAACGUGAAGGCGAAGAAGGGUCGUGGUCAGGUCUUUGCUGAUACCAUUUCCUCCAUGCUCGUUACCAGCCCGGUUGUCAUCGCCGAUCGCAACAACCACCAAAAACGCGAGCGUGACCAGCUCAUCAACGACGUCCUCAAGACUGCAAAGGAUGCUCGCUUCGUCGCACUGCACUACGUACACGACCGCAGCAACUACGAUGACAUCCGGAGAGCAACGCGGGGUCGCGUUCUCGCCCGCGGUGACAACCACCAGACCAUCCAGGCGGGCUCCAAGGGGCAGGACGAAAUCAUCGAGAUCAUGGAGGGCUUUAUGCACCGCUUCCAGCCUGCUGACCCUUCCGAGGCUCCCGACGAGAACUUCGACCUCAUCAUCAACCUCGACCCCGUGGUCGAUUCGCGCGAGAAUCUCGAGGUCAUUAUCAGCCAGCUAUAUGAGACGUAUCCCGCCCUUUUCGAAGGCCGAAAUAUGCCUACCAACGCGGACAUGGACGACGCGAUACAUUGGGCGAUGCACGAGUACCAGCCGGACUUCAAGAUGGACCUCUCCCGCGGCGGCGGCAACGCCAACAACAACAACCGCAACCAGAACCAGAAUCAGAAAUCCCAGAAACAGCAGCCAGUGGCCGCAAAGAAGCAGCCCAAGAUGGAGUACUUCUCCGUGCGUCUUCCCACCCAGCGCAUCAACUCCAUCCUUGAUGCCCUCUUCCACAACGCAGACCCCCAGACGGCGCGGCUAUACCGCCACCUCCAGCAGACCCGCCGUGUGCAGGGCGAGUUCCAUGUCACCCUGAUGCACCGCGCGUCUGCGGCGGAUAACCAGGCGUACUGGGACAAGCUGACCCAGCUGCACUCGUCCGUCGCGCAGGCCGACGCUAGCAACUGGGAACCCGAACUCGGCAAGUGCGGCGUGCAGAUGGAGCGUCUCGUCUUCGACGACCGCAUCAUGUGCUUCGUUGUGCGGUUGAACGGGGCAGCGGCGGUGGGGGGCGAGGAGGUGGCAUUCGAGACCGUGAAUCCCGUUGCGCAUGUUACGGUUGGCACGGCGAGCGCAGAUAUCAAGCCCAAGGAGAGCAACGACUUGCUACAGCGAUGGCUGAACGAGGGGUCUGGGGGGGAGACGGGGAUCCACGAACUCAGUGUCAAGGGCGGCGUCGUGCUCGAUGGAAGCGUGAGGGGUGUGCUAGGGAGGAUGCGGUGA